UGAGCAGAUGGGUGUGUCAAGGCUCCUCUUACCUGUUUGCCUGGGCAUUUAAUGAUUGUAUCUUUCAUUAGCACAGAUUUGCAUGUUCAGUAUUGACACCUGGUUCCCUCCCCCCUUCCCUGGACUGGUCUAUAAAUGCCCCAGGCACGGCCAGUGUCCCAUGCAGGCUGCACUUGAUCCGACCUUGCACCAGAGCAGCUACGCAGAGAGACAAUCAGGAGAAGUGAGAAGAUGGGGCCAGUCGCCUACUUCAGCCUCUGCCUCCUCGGCUGCCUGAUCUUUAACCCCUCGCUGGAAGCCUCUCCCCGCAGCGUCCUCUCUCUCCAUCUCAGACCAGAAAUAGUGGCCACGUCCUGUUGUCGUGGCUGGCUGCACUACAACAACCACUGCUAUAGGUUCUUCCCCGAAAAGAAGACCUGGUCGGAGGCUGAGGUGCAGUGUCAGUAUCACCACAAGGGGGCCCAUCUCGCCUCCAUUCUCACUGAGGCAGAAAGGGACAUAGUGGCCAACUAUAUCACCCAGUCAGGCUCCAGGGAUUACGUCUGGAUCGGACUCCAUGACUCCCACAAGGUAAGGGUAAAGGGUAAAAAUGAGUGACAGUGAAACAGUUGUAAAGUGAGACCUGGGGGGAGUGCAGGCAUCAGAAAAAGAGAGCGAGAACGCUAGUUCCAGAUGUGGGAAGCAGAAAUGAGACAGAAAAAAGCAGAUAUUAGACUGAAAGAAAAUGAGAUGGAGCUGAAGGAGAAAGAGGCAGUCGUUGUGCUGGAAGCUGACGCCCAUAAAAGAGCCAUGGAGCUAAAACAAGAAGAAGCUGAGAAGAAGGAGAAGGAGCAGAAAUAAUAAUCUAGAACUGCUAGAAAAGCAUGGAUGGCUCCCAGUCACCAACAUCUCCCUCCAUUCAAAGAAUCCCCAACAUGGACCAGCUGUGUCCUGCAUACAAAGAGACAGACUGCACUGAACACCACCUUUGAAAAGCUAUGCGAAGAGCAUAAUAUUCCUGAGGAAAACAAGGUCCCCACAUGGCUUGCGAAACUGCCUGGUAAAGCUCGGAAUGUAAUGAAAUGAUGGACUUUCUGUGAGCUCAUAUUGCCCAGAAGGAGAGAGCUGGGCAGUGCAGGAUGCACAUUUCUGGGGACACGUCUGGGACUGGGAAUUUGCUGGUGUGGCUCUGUUAUAUAAUUCAGGAGUGGCUGGCUAUAGCAUUCAUACAGUAUACCUGGGAGUGAUUUACAUGCUAGAGCAGCAAAUCUCAAAUAUGGCCACAGUAUGAACAGGGGACCAGUGUGAUUUCCCCACCUUCCUGAGGGCAGUGAGGCUCGGGCUUCGGCACCGGGGUGCUGGGUAACGGGCUCUGGCUGUGUGGCCGCGGACUCCAU